GCCGAAGCGGGAGAUUGUGACUCUGUGAGGCGCCGAGAGGGAGGGCUGUUUGUUUACAUCUGAAUGAAACUAUUCAGAGGCAGACACCCAAAUUCUGUUUGAUAAAUCGUUCAAGCGGCGUCUGAAUCACUACUUUAGCAGGACAUAACCAUACCAUUCGAUUUCUUGGUAGUAAUAGUUUUCGCUGUUUUUAUUUUUAUUUUCUGCACAACAGAUUAAACGAAAGCGGUUGCUAAGGGAAAGGGGUGUUUGAGAAGGCUUUAACGCCUGGUAACAUACAGGGAUAGCAGUCGAGGAAGGGGAGGCAGUUGGGUAUUGAAGGAAACUCACCGUGAAGAAGUUAGCGACGAGAUAUGGGGGAAGCCAUGAAAGAAACAAAGGUGAUUGAGGAUGUGAGGUCAGUGGUAUUCAAGGAAUCAGAGAGUUUAGAAGGCACUUGCACUAAAAUCCAGGGCUACGAUUUCAAUCAGGGGAUUAAUUAUUCAGAGCUUCUUAAAUCCCUAGUCUCCACCGGCUUCCAAGCUUCUAAUCUUGGUGAUGCCAUUGAAACCGUUAAUCAAAUGCUAGAUUGGAGGCUUUCUCAUGAGCAAGUAACAGAAGAUUGCAGUGAGGAGGAGAAGAACCCGACAUACAGAGAGUCGGUCAGGUGCAAAAUCUUCCUGGGGUUCACUUCAAACCUCAUUUCCUCUGGUGUUCGAGACAUCAUUCGGUAUCUACUUCAACAUCAUAUGGUUGAAGUGAUUGUUACAACUGCUGGUGGCAUUGAGGAAGAUCUCAUAAAAUGCCUUGCAGACACAUACAGAGGUGAAUUUUCUCUACCUGGUGCUGCCUUGCGUUCAAAAGGACUAAAUCGUAUUGGUAACUUGUUGGUGCCUAAUGAUAACUACUGUAAGUUUGAGGAUUGGGUUAUACCAAUAUUCGACCAAAUGUUGGAAGAACAAAGUACAAAGCAUGUGUUAUGGACGCCGUCGAAAGUAAUAGCACGUUUGGGGAAGGAGAUUAACAACGAGAGUUCAUAUCUAUAUUGGGCAUAUAAGAAUGAUAUUCCAGUCUUCUGCCCUGGUUUGACAGAUGGCUCUCUUGGAGACAUGCUAUAUUUUCAUUCCUUUCGCAACCCUGGUCUUGUUAUUGACUUAGUACAAGAUAUCAGGACGAUUAACAGCGAAGCUGUGCAUGCACAUCCUAGGAAGACCGGGAUGAUCGUUCUAGGAGGAGGGUUGCCAAAGCAUCACAUUUGCAAUGCCAAUAUGAUGCGUAAUGGUGCAGAUUACGCUGUUUUUAUCAACACGGCCCAAGAGUUCGAUGGUAGUGAUUCUGGUGCUCGUCCUGAUGAAGCUGUGUCAUGGGGGAAAAUACGCGGAUCUGCUAAAUCCGUCAAGGUGCAUUGUGAUGCAACAAUUGCGUUCCCUUUACUCGUUGCAGAAACGUUUGCUGCAAAGAGGGCGAAACCAGAUGAGCCAACAACACGAUAAAUGUAGAUUCAAGGAUGCUUAAGCCUGUUUUUAUUGAAGUUAUUCAACAUUUUUACUUUAUCGGUCGCUUUGUUAUGUAUUUAUUGAUUAAAGUACCAUUACGCUCUACAUUGAGACGACAAAGUUGGAAGUGGUUUGAAACUUAUAAGAUCAGGUUGUGGUCGAUUGGGGUCGUGAUGUU